CACAUGCAGAUUUGCUUACUUGAUUGUUUAUAUUUGAUUAUAUUUAUCUUCAUAUUUGAGUUAUCUCCACCGCUGCACUCAAGGCGCCCAUGCGAAAAGGUGUCUCACCUCCACGCGCGCCGGUACAGAAAGACAAGCAGACUGACGAUGCAAUUUCCACCACCACCUGGGAGGCUACCUCGACUAAUCGCACAGAGAGGAGGCGACGGUCCGCCAAAACCAAGGAUGACGGCAAGCCGAAAACCCCCAUCGAAAAGUUGACCAUUCCCCCGGCCCCAAGCCCUCCAAACAUCAGUGAUCCCACAACGACGGGAAAGCGGAAGCGGGAAGCUACCCCUGAGAAGACCUCCAAGAAGCUCAAAGCUUCGGAGGAGAUCCUGGAACCUAAUUCAAGCAAGGAGGAGGGUGCACAGGACUCUGAGGAGCAGCCGGAGCUGGAGAUCUGUCCAAUGUGCGGUGAAGAAUACGACCCAGAGGAUGAAGACGAAGAUACCGUUUGCGAGUUCCAUCCCGGAGAGUUGGUAAUCGACCGAAAGGCACCCUGCUGGAAAUCGGAAUGGGGCGUGGAUCCCUACGACGACGAGGAUGUUGAAGAGUUUCUCUCAUCUCAUGGGUAUUACUCAGGGAUGCUCAUGUGGGACUGCUGCGGAUAUUGGGAAGGUGCACCGGGUUGCGAAAAGCAGGGUGCGCAUGGAGAAUACUGA